AUGGCAGCCUCAGCAGCUUUAAAAGCCCGCGUCCCACGGCAAAGCUACCUGAAGAAGCUCGCAAAAGCUGAAGACCUGAUCGAUUACUUCCCGCAUGGCUCGUACAUCGGAUGGUCAGGUUUCACCGGCGUUGGCUAUCCUAAAAAAAUUCCCACCGCCCUAGCCGAGCAUGUUGAACGCAACAACCUUCAAGGAAAGCUCAAAUACAACCUCUUCGUCGGCGCCUCCUCCGGCGCGGAAACGGAGAACAGAUGGGCGCGCAACAACAUGAUCGAGCGGCGGGCUCCCCAUCAGGUGGGCAAGGAGAUUGCGAGGGGCAUCAACAAUGGCAACAUCAAGUUCUUCGAUAAGCAUCUCAGCAUGUUUCCUGUGGACUUGAUGUAUGGCUACUAUACCAUGCACAAGGAGAACAAUCGCCUGGAUGUGGCCAUCGUGGAGGCCAGUGCUAUUACGGAGGAUGGCGGGAUAGUGCCUGGCGCAUCUGUGGGAGCAAGUCCAGAGAUCAUCCAAAUGGCUGAGAAGGCGAGUUGCUACAAGCACUUACUCAGUAACUCAAGGCUAAUGGCCGGGCAGAUCAUCAUCGAGGUCAACACUGCAACGCCGUCGUUCUACGGACUCCACGAUAUCACUAUGACGGAUCUGCCUCCUCGCCGGAAGCCGUACCUUAUCAUGUCGCCAGAAGACCGCAUUGGGACACCUUACAUUCCUGUGGACCCAGAUAGAGUGGUUGCGAUCAUCGAGUCCGAUUAUCCGGAUCAGACGCAACCCAAUGCGCCUGAAGACGAAAGCUCCCGAGCCAUUGCGGGCAACUUGAUCGAGUUUCUGCAGCAUGAGGUCAAGCACGGACGACUACCCGACAACCUUCUGCCCAUCCAGUCAGGUAUCGGCAACAUCGCUAAUGCCGUUGUCGGCGGUCUUGCUUCCGGCGGCGCAAACUUCAAGAACCUCCGCGUGUGGACCGAAGUCCUCCAAGACAGCUUCCUCGACCUCUUCGACAGCGGCAACCUCGACUUCGCGACCGCAACCAGCAUCCGCUUCUCGCCCGACGGCUUCAAGCGCUUCUACGACGGCUGGACUGACUACGCCCCCAAGCUGCUCCUGCGCUCGCAGCAGGUGUCCAACUCGCCUGAGAUCAUCCGGCGGCUGGGCGUCAUCGGCAUGAAUACGCCUGUGGAAGUCGACAUCUACGCCCACGCGAACAGCACGUGCGUCAUGGGAAGUCGAAUGCUGAAUGGACUGGGCGGUUCGGCGGACUUUUUGAGGAGCGCGAAGUAUAGCAUUAUGCAUACGCCAAGUACGCGGCCGAGCAAGACGGAUCCGACGGGUGUGAGUUGUAUUGUGCCCAUGUGUACGCAUGUUGAUCAGACGGAACAUGAUUUGGAUGUUAUUGUUACUGAGCAGGGGCUUGCCGACGUCCGCGGCCUCUCACCCAAGGAGCGAGCGAGGGUGAUCAUCGACAAGUGCUCACAUCCUGACUACAAGCCUAUCCUGCAGGACUACUUCGACAAGGCGGAGUAUGAGUGUAUGAAGAAGGGCUGGGGGCAUGAGCCGCACUUGCUGUGGAAUGCGUUUGAUAUGCACAAGAAUUUGAAUGAGAACGGGACGAUGAAGAUUGAUAAGUGGGCGUAG